AUGAAAUUGUUCCAGAAUAUUAUUGUUUCCCUCGCUUUAUUCACUCAAUUAAUCUUUGCUAUCGAAAUCGCUGAAAAUAAAGUUGAUCGUGGUACCAUUACUUUAAAUUUAGGUGAUAUCAUUAUUUAUACUGGUGCUACUUGGUCAAUCAUCGACAAUGCUUAUACCAAUUUUGUUGGCAAAUUAGAUGUCAGAGCUGAUGCUGGGUUAUAUAUCUCCCUGACUUCUCAUCUUUUGGCUCUUCAAGUUAGUUUGACAACUAUACUCCAUUCAAUUACCAAUAACGGUAUUAUCUCCUUUGAUUCACGCGUUUCAAGAACAUCAUCUUCGUAUGAUUUGAGAGGCGUUUCCUUCACAAACAAUGGAGAAAUGUAUUUUGGGUCUUCUGGUGAAUCUUCAAGUUCCACUUCACUUACUUCUGCUCUGUGGACUAAUACUGGGUUAUUACUGUUUUUCCAAAAUCAAAGAACUUCUGGUACAGUAAAUCUUGGGGUUUCAAUGGGAUCUAUUACCAAUGAUGGACAAAUCUGUUUGAAUAAUCAAGUUUAUGAACAAGCAACCCAAAUUAAGGGUUCGGGUUGUUUCACUGCUAAAGGUGACUCCACUAUUUAUAUCGCCAAUGUUGUAUUAGCAGUUUCCUCCAAACAAAAUUUUUAUUUAACUGAUAAAGGCUCUUCCAUGAUUGUCCAAGCAGUAUCAACCACACAAACAUUUAAUGUUUAUGGUUUUGGUGAUGGUAACAAAAUUGGAUUAACUCUUCCCUUAGUUGGAACUCUUUUCACUUCAGCUUAUACUUAUGAUACUGCUUCUGGUAUUUUGACUUUAAGAAAUACUUUGCUUGAACAAAAAUUUAACAUUGGUACAGGAUACGAUCCAUCUAAAUUUCAAGUUGUUACAGAUUCUGGAUCAGGUACUCCAUCAACUGUCUUGGGUUCAGUUGCUUAUUAUGGCCGUGCCCCAACGAGAACUUUGCCUAAAUCCUGUCAAAUUCCUUGUAAACCAAUUCCAGAAGCACCAGGAACUAACCCAACAGAAUACACUACCACAAUUACAAAAACUAACCCUGCUGGAAACACAGCAACUGAAACUGGUGUUGUUCAUAUUCUGACAGAUAAAACUGGAUCUUGGUUCACCACGACAUCAAUUUUCCCAACAUUGACAACUGCUAUAGCUACAUCCACCCCAACUACUUUAUCUACUGGAUUAUCUUUCAGUGUCAAUAUUCCAGUUGAAACUUCGUCAAUUGAAGACUCAUCAAGUACUUUAGCCGGUUCUGAAUCUUCUGUUACUCAAACCACAUCCAUAGAAACCCCAGUUUCAAGUUACUCCUCUGCUGAUCAAGAGUCAGUAUCCAUUGAUGAAUCUUCUGUUAAUGGCAGUACUAUGGUUUCCAGUGAAUCUGCUCUUGAAUCUGCUAGUGACAUUAUCAUUGCCGAGGCAUCUAGUGUUGAAUCAUAUCCUUUGAGUGAACAAUCCGUUGCUCAUGAAUCUACUACUACUACUAUCCCAAUGUCUGCUACUACUGAAACAUAUGUUACUGAAUCAUCUGAAGUUGUGGUUGAUUCAUCAUUUGUUAGUGAAAUCCAUAUUUCCAAAGCAUCUUCUUUUUCAAUUGUGACACCAAGCGAGACCAUAAUUGUUGAUGAAUCAUUUACCAGUAUUAGUGCUAUCUCAACCACAGCAUCACCUUCUGAAAUAUCAUCUGAUUUCGUUGUAUCAUCUGCAUCUUACUCAAUUUUCGCCAGUGAAACACAUAUCUCCAAUGAUUCUGAAUCCGUUGAACCAUCAUUUGUUACCCCAAGUGAAUCAAUAAUUGUCAUUGUUUCUGAACCACCUAUUAGUACUGAUUUAAUCCCAUCUACUACCUCACAACCUGAAAUGUCUUCUGUGAUUACUGAAUCAAACAUCAUUUCAUCAAUUGUUACUGCUCUGGAAAUGGAAUUAUCAUCUACUUUGGAUUUAUCCCAUUCUGAAACAUCUUCAAUCAAAGAGUCAGAAAUUAUUAGUGUAACUUCAUCAGUACCAACUGUGGACUCCACUAUUGCUGACAAUAAAUUAACAUCCACUUGGAAAUCAUCCAGUUUAAUCAACUCGGAGUCAACUCCUUCUAUUGCCAUGAGUGAAUCAGAAAUAACAUUGACUCCUGUUUACACAUCUGCAUCAGCUGCUAAAUCUAGUGAUAUUCAAACACAAUUCACUUCGACUUGGGUUGCUACAAAAUCUGACGGAUCUGUUACCACUGAGUCUGGUAUUGUCAAUCAAUCUGGUACUUCUUUCACCACUAUUGCCACAUUCCCACCAUCAUCCACAUCAUCAGAUAUUACCACUGAGUUCAUUUCUACUUGGACCACCAUCAACUCCGAUGGUUCUCUCACUACUGAAAUUGGAGUUGUUAGUCAAUCUGGCACAUCAUUAACUACCAUUGCUACAUUUCCACCUUCAUCAAUUCCAUCAGAAACUAUCAGUGAAUUUAUUUCCACCUGGACUACCACCAAUUCUGACGGAUCGGCUGCCACCAAGUCUGGUGUUGUUAUUCAAUCCGGUACUUCCUUUACUACUAUUGCCACGUUCCCACCAUCAUUUACUUCAUCUGACAUUACCACUGAAUUUACCUCAACUUGGACUACUACCAAUUCCAAUGGAUCUGUUGCAAUUGAGUCUGGUAUUGUUAAUCAAUCUGGAACUUCAUUAACCACUUUAACAACUUUUGAACCUGUUACUUCAUUAGUUGUGCCAUCAUAUACUGCCAUUGAAACCGAAUUUACCUCCAUUUGGACCACCGUCAGUUCUGAUGGUUCUAUUGUUACUGGUUCUGGGAUUGUUGGCCAAUCAGAUACUUCUUUAACUACUUUUCCUCCAUCCUCCUCAGAUUUUGUUACUGAUUUCACAUCAAUUUGGGAAAUCACCACUUCUAAUGAAUCCAACGCAGCUGAAUCUAGUGUCAUGGAUCAAUCCAAUGAAAGUUUGACAAGUACUACUACUUCAUAUGAAUCUGCCACUGAAUCCAAUAUAGUUAGUCAAUCUGAUGAAGUUUUGACUAGUGAGGCUACUUCAUUUGUAUCAGUCGGAGAAACUUCAGCUGCUAUUACUACCACUGUUGCACCCGCUUCUCCUUCUGCUAAUAUCAAUAAUAGUGUUACCAUUCUUGUUUCCCCAUCAGAAUCGGAAAUCAAUACCAGUAGUUCAAUUUGGAAUAAUGAAAAUAAUACUUCUGGUUCUGUUUCAACCUCAGACUCAACAUCUAUUACUGAUCAUCAUGAUGGUUCAUUAUCUAUAACCAAAACUGAACUGGAAAUCAAUGGUGGUUAUUCAACUGAAUCAAGUUCCCUGAUUGUCACUGCUACUAUCACUAGUUGUAACGAAUCUGAUUGUUCUGAAAGUGUUGUUACUUAUGUUUCAAAUGUUUCUUAUACCACUGUUACAACUGGACAUUCCAAUGAUAAUGUUUCCACUGCUGAAAAUAAUGCUGGUAGUACUUUGACUGAAAAUGUUUCAAACACAAAAACUAUCUCAAUUGAAACCUAUCCAGCUACCACUCUUAAUCAAUCAACUUCACCAUCAAAUAUCGCUGAAUCAAACAAAACUUCAAUUGUUGAUAGUGGAAACAACGACACCGACAUCAAUUCAGAUGAUAAGACUGCUAUUGUUACCGCUGUUGCCACUGGUGAUGGUGUAGCAAGUAAUGGUACUAAUUUCGUUUCUCCAUCAACCAUUGCUGAUGGAUCUUCAACUACUUCUGUUGGUAUUCCAUUAUCUUACGAAAAUGGAUCUAAUCAAUUAUCAAUUGAAAAUAUUAAAUAUUUGGUAUUGGUCGUGUUUGGAUUAUUGAUGGUUAUGUAA